UUACAGCAUGCAGAAUGGAGAUAGCGACAGUGCUCUACGUGUCGGGCUUUCUGGAUCUGUUUGGUGUCAGCAUGAUAGUGUCACAGAUUGGAACCCACGCCCGAGAGCUUGGCGCUUCAUCAACUGUAGCAGGCUUUAUUGGGUCUGUGUAUGGUGCAUUGCAACUCGUUUCCAGUCCUGCCAUGGGUCGAUGGAGUGACAUAAAGGGUCGAAAGGUAUGUCUAGUACCUUGUCUUCUCAUGUCUGCUGUGGGCUACCUGACGAUGGGGUUCUCCAGCACUUUGACAAUACUCAUCUUCUCACGAAUUAUCACAGGUAUGUUUAAACAAAGUCAGAGUAUAUCAAGGUCGAUGUUGUCAGACAUCACACCUGCAGACCAGCGCUGUCGAGUGUAUGGAAGGUUUAACUCUGUGUCCAGCAUCGGUUUCAUCCUUGGGCCACUAGUCAGUAGCAUUAUCAUCAAACAUUACGGAGGUUUCUACACGGUCAGCUGUCUAUGUGGAGCCAUAUUCAUACUGAAUUCAGUGCUAAUGUGGUGCCUUCUACCAUCUGUAUCAACAAUCAAGAACAAGUCUUCACAGUAUAACAGUCUAACAAACAUUGUUACCUCAUUUAAACAUCUUAACUGGAAAAACCUCUGCGAUAUUUUCCUUGUGAAUUUCUUUUCUGGAUUUUCUGUGAUGUUAUUCCGUAGUAACUCUGACAUGAUUUUCAGGGACAGAUUUGGGACAACAAAACAACAAAUGAGCUACUUGACCUCCUAUACAGCUGUUGUGUCAGCAUUGUGUGGUUUUGUAUCAGGUUGGAUAGCGGGUCAGUACCAAGACAACAGCAGACUCUAUCAGCACAUGAUAUGUGGGUUGCUUGUGACUUUAGUAGCGCUUACCUUGGUCUUUGACUUCUGGAUGUACAUUCUUGUGCUUGCGCUGCUCAGUUUUGUGACAACAAAUCUUCGUGUGGCUAGUGCCAGUCUGCUGGCUGCACGUGGUGGUGCUGAGAGAGUAGGAGCAGUGAUGGGCCUAGGGGACACUGUCAUGUCUGUGGCGCGUAUGCUGUCUCCUCUUCUCUCUGGUAUGUCCCUGGAAUUCAGUUCAUCUGGUCCUCCCCUCUUAGGGUCUGUGAUGGCAGCUGUAGCAGUUACAAUUGUCACCAUACAGUCAAAAUCAAAACUUCACCAUGAGUAAA